AUGCUGGAGAAUGAAGCUGUUCUAAAAGCUCAUGCUGCGGGGACAAGAGUGACGCCAGCAGUACUGGUCCUUGGCGGAUCCACAUUCAUGGGACGAGAGACAGUGCAUGCGCUGUUGCAGUUGCCCGCUCGCGUGUGUGUUGUGAACCGGGGACGUUCCUAUUGGGGGACCCGGGACCCUUCCAAUGGCCGUGUUGCCCGAGUCGUGGCAGAUCGACGAGACAAGCACAGUUUUUCUGAGCGUUUGGAUGAGGUGACGACAAAGCUGGAAGAGAAGUGGGCCCUUGUAGCAGAUUUUUCGGCUUACGACGGUGCCGACAUCAGCUGUGCUCUGAAAGGACUUCGCGGACGUUUUGAAACUUAUGCUUAUAUAUCAUCAGAUUCGGUCUAUGAAGUAAGUUCUGCAGCAGGGUCUGGGUGGGCGCAGCAUGCUCAGGCUCAGGCUGUGGACGAGAGCUUCUCUCAGAGACCUGCAGAUGAUGCUGUGCGAAAGAGACUGCGCAAGGCAGAUAGCUAUGGUGAUGGCAAGCUUGAGGCCGAGGAAGCGUUGGCUGCAGGGCUUGAGCACACGGCAAGAGGCGUUGCACUUCGCUUGCCUGAUGUCAUCGGCCCGUUUGACGACACAUUGCGCUUGUGGGCAUACUGGCACUGGUUGCGGGUGCCGGACAACCCGCCUCAAGUUCGUAAGCAGACCAAGCGAGCCCGACUCGAGUCCUCGACGUCGACGCACAGUUUCGAAGAUCCGCCGCUUGCUUUCGUCUUUAGCCGGGAUGUGGCACGCUUCCUAGUGCAGCUGAUUGGCCAACGGCUUGACAAGAAGUUCGAUGCGGUCAAUGUGGGAAGUGACAUGCAGGUUCCUCUUAAAGACUUUUUGGAUCUCCUUGGCAAGGCCUCCAAAGCCUCCAAAGCCUCCAGCCAGGGCCCGACUGCAGAAGCGUUUGACGAAGUAGACCGGCCGCGGAGCUUUCUGCCGAGCGUGGAGCGGCCACUGCCCUUGGACUUCCGACACCUCAAGCAGACGUAUGCCUUCCAGUCCACCCCAUUGCCGGAUGUUCUCAAGAUUUGUGCUGACUGGUUUAGCCUGGCAUGCGAGGAGUUCCCAGAAGAGGCAGCAGAAGCGGCCAUGAAGCUACCUGCUGCAGCUCGAAAUGUUGCGUUGGCUUCAGCAGAGCUACCUCCACCAAAGAGCCCUGCAAGCUCAUCGAACUCAAGUACAAGCUCCAGUCAUUCUUAA